UUUUCGAGGGCCGUGUGAGACUAGAAACAGUCAAGCCGACAACUUGAAAUGAUUCGAAUUGUAUAUUUAGCCCGAGUGAGUUGAGCUGCCCAUCAUGUCAGGACUGCUCUACCAUUGUAUCCCGUUUCUUCCUCGCGAACUUCCUGGUCAAGACCUAGCAUUGUUAUAUCUCUUUGUAUUAGAGCGUUGAGCUUCUCCAUUGGUCAAGAGGCUCUUGAUAUCUGGAAGUUGCCAUGUCGUACAUCGAACGGAAGUGUGACGCUCUAGGGAACCAGAUAGAUGACCGUUCCCUCCAGUCUUUAAUUUCCUCCUUCUUGGAAAACGUUGGAUAUACGAAAGCCCCGGACAUUAGCAAUGAGCUAUAUUGGGCAGCCUUACAUAGGCGUGCUACAAGUACCGGAAUUCCCCAUCCAAAAGGGUCCCAUGCUUAUAAGUGCCUAAUAGUAGGGGGCAACUACGGCAUUGCGUGUCUCUCCCGUCAUCCACUCGACAUCCAGGUGUAUGUUGGUAUAUACACGUGGAUUGCUAUUGUUGUUGACGACGUGGCAUCCCGAUCGUCGGAUGAUUUCGUGGCUUUCCACGAGCGCUUCUCCAGCGGAACUCCUCAGCCGACGAUUCUUCUUGAAUGCUGGGCGGCAUUGAUUCGGUCGUGCUACGACUAUUGGGAUCCUCUCGUCGUUAAUUUCAUCGUUGCCUCAUCCCUUGAUUUUCACAAUGCCUGCGUCUUGGAAGCCAGUUCCGAGAUGCGACACUUGGUACGAACCGAGGGAGGACAGAGCUUUCCUUGGUACGUCCGUAGAAAGACUGGUCUUUCCGACGCGUACGCCUACUUUACGUUUCCUAAGGCCAUGUAUCCCGAUGUGUCGUGUUUUCUAGAAGCUAUCCCUGACCUGUCAGCAUACUUCUGUCUCGCUAACGAUGUGCUGUCGUUCUAUAAGGAAGAGAAAGCUGGGGACAGGUAUAACUAUAUCCAUUACAGGGCUUCUUAUGACGGUAAGGAUACCCGGACGGUGUUGCGAGAGAUCAUUCAACAGAUGCAAGACGCUGUACGACGCAUGCGAGUUGUGGUUGAUGGGCGGCAGCCGUACGAGCAGGGCUUAAACGAUCACAUCUUGGGAUAUAUAGGGUAUCACAUUUUGAGUGAUCGCUAUAAGCUGGCGGAAAUUGGCUUGGUUGCGGAUGACGCUUGUGCGACUGCUAAUGGGGCCUAUUAGGCCUGGUCGGCUGAUGUUCAACAGCAAGAGCCAAUUACGAGUCUAAAGGACACGUCUAUGUAAUUGUUGACGUCAAGAGGUAUUACCACGGCUAUCAACUAGCGUUGAAGAGUAAUACUCGAGGAUCUCUAUAUUUCAUUCUGUCCAGGUAGAUAGCUUUACUUGUC